AUGGUUUGGAUUAUGGCUGAUCCAAGGUUACCAUUAGAUAGAGCUCGUCGAGUUGUACUUGGAACCGGGUUAGAACACAGUCCUGGACGAAUAUGGGAAGAUUUUAGUAAUUCGGAUGCUGAUCGUCAUAGUAUUCCAACAGCUCUUCAUGCAAGUGAUCUUAUACUUAAAGAACUACAAUCGAAGGGUGUUUUAAUUAAUAAGUUUACAUUAGUAGGAUGGGCAGGGAAAAAGCUCAAGUUAGGUGUUAAUAAUAAAGAAGAUUAUGCUGCUCUCGUUGGUUCGGAUAAAUGGCCUACAAAGAUAAAUGGGAUUGAUAUUGUCGUCAUGAAACCUAAAUAUAUACCCGAUUCAUUUGCUCUUGUAGUUCGAUAUGUUCCUAGGGAACUAGAUGAAAAUUUUGUCUCAAAUGAAAUACAGAGAACAAUUGCCUCUGCAGAUCGAAUUAAACGUAUUCAUUAUUCCUACCAAAGAAGAACAGAUGAUUAUCGAUUCGAUGUUAAAGAUUAUAGUGAAUAUAAUGCUGUGCUGCAACUGGGUCGAAUUGCAAUAGGUCAUUCGUGGUUAUCGAUCACCAAGUUUUAUCCGGGAAACCGUCUAACUUACUGCACGAAAUGUUGGUGUAUAGGUCAUUUAAGAAAUAAAUGCAACUCAGUAAACAAAUGUCGAAUUUGUCUUGAAAAUUUGAGUGUGGAUACUCUGCAUAUGUGUAAAAAUGAACCGAAAUGUGCUCAAUGUGAUGGAAAUCAUCAUUCAUUAGAUAGUCAAUGUCAAGUUAUGAAAGAAUAUAAAGACGAAUUAAAAAAGGGUGUUGAAGAUGCGAUUCAAAAAGGAUUAUUACAGCGAUUUUCAAUGCAAGAAAAAUCUCCUACAUUCGAACUUCGUGAACAAGAUUUUCCACCAUUAGCAGCAAGUGAUAAUCAUUCUAAUAAAAAAUGGAAUAUUGCUCAAUCUCGUACAACGGUCGAGUCGAAUUUUUUACGUACAUCAGAUACAGAAAAAACAAUUGAAUCUAUUAAUGAUAAUCUGACAAAGCUUAUCGAUAGUAACCAACGACUAGAAAAUAAAGUCGAUUUACUAUCAUCAAACAUAAAAAUCGUUAAUCUCGACACUCAGCUACAUCAAGCAGUCCUAGCGGAUACCAUCAACAUUAUGAAAGAUUUUAUUCAAUAUUUCAUACCAGCAUCGUUAACUACUGGCAAAAUUGAAAGAUUUUCGCUGGUACCUGUGGCGAAAGAAUACUACAAUCGCUUUCAGGUCGCGUCCUCAAGAUUAAUAAAUGGCUUCCAAUUAAAUCACCAGGUUCAGCUGAUUCCAACUACGUAUAAUAAUAAUAACACUGCUCAAACCGAUCAACAGCCUUCGUCAGUAUACAAAUCAACACAUAAUGCUAAGUAGAUCAUCAAAUCUUAAUGUACACGCCAAAGCUUUUUUUCCUGCUUCAGUGAAUUAUUUAUUUAACCCUAGAGAUGAAGCUAUGCACCGGCUGAAAACUUGGAAUUUUCCAACUAAAGAUCAGAAAUUAGUACUAUCUCUGUUAGGUGAAUGGUACACAGGUAGAACCUUGAAUAUAGUCUUAGAAGAAUGGGAAAAGAUUGGAAUAGCCUCCUUACGGAACCAAAAAGAAUAUAUAAAGAUUCUAUGCUAUAAUGUCGAAGGAUGGGGCACUCGGGCAGUUGAAGCUAUUGAUUUAGUGUAUAAAGUUCAAGCUUCUAUUUGUAUAUUUACAGAAGUAGGAGAGUUAUGGAACACA